AUGGCAUCUGUGGUCGCCAAAUGGGUGAACAGAGGUCCCGGUCCUUCUAAUUUUAACCCCACAAUGACGAUGCAGGGCGGGAUGUACCAUUACAUGGGUCCCAUGAUGCCAUCCGAAGGGCGGGCGCCUUCCUAUGCUUCCGUUUACAUUCAUGACACUGACUACGCCACCCAGACGCACACAAGGCUUGGAACCUCUAGACAACUGGAAGAGGCACUGAUGACGCAACUGACACACAUGCUGCACGAAUGCAACCCCUACGUGCAGACGUUUCUGUGUAUGCGAGAAUGGGCUCAAUCUCCCCAAAACAACUGUCCUGCCACGUACCAGAUGGUCAUCCAUGCCGACCGCAGGCCAAGUCAUGAGCACGUGCGCCGGUACAAUGGUCCCGAAGCUUCUGAAGUCGCCGCAUUGAUCCCUGGAAAUGAAGACGGAGAGAUUGGGCGAAGAGAUAUCGUCGUGCGCAGGAGAGGGACUCUGAACAGUAACGGGAACGAAGUGCUGGAUCCGAUUUCAGUCAGUCAUCGCGCAUACGAUCCAUUGAGUUACGUGCUUUUGUUCCCGAACGGUAGAGAUGAAUGGUAUCCAGAGCUUCGAUUCUCCAGUGUUCAAGACGGCAGACGUACCAAGAUUACUCCGAUGAUGUACUACGGAUGGCAUUUGUUCGAAAGAUCAGGCGAGUUCAGCACAAUCUUGCACGCAGCACGACUCUUUCAGCAAUACUUGGUUGACCAGUUCUGCAAAGUGGAGGCAGAAAGGCUUUCUUAUCUCCGCCACAACCAGACACAACUUCGAGCCGCCGACUACACCUCACUGCGCGACAGCCUAGGAGACUCCCGUCGUGCUGAAGAUGAAGCCGAUGCCGUGCGUGCGGGACGACUGUUCAUUCUCCCUUCCACGUACAUUGGAGGUGACCGCUAUAUGAGGCAGCAGAUGCACGACAUCAUUGCUAUAUCGAACCAAAUUGGCCACCCGGACAUCUUCCUCACCAUGACAUGCAAUCCAAGCUGGCCGAAGAUCACAAGAGCCCUACUGCCGAACCAAACGCCUCAGGACAGACCGGAUCUGUGCGCACGUGUGUUUCGUCUCAAAAUGAAAGAUCUCAUGUCCUUGGUCAUCAACGAAGAAGUAUUCGGAACCGUUGUUGCCCAUGUACGAGUCAUCGAGUUUCAGAAACGCGGUCUUCCCCACGCUCACGUUGUAUUUUUCCUAGAUGAAGUCUCCAAGAAUGAUCUGCGUACUCCCGAAAACGUCGACCGCAUUAUCUCUGCCGAGAUCCCGUCUGCCCAAGAUCCAGAACUCCAAGAGGUCGUGCUCAAGCAUAUGAUUCACAAUCCAUGUGGAGAACACAAUCCAACAGCCGUGUGCAUGGGCGAGCGGUACUGCAGGAAAGGGUUUCCAAAAUCGUUCAAACACGAAACCAGCCAGUCCGACAGUGAGUACUACAUCACGUACCGAAGAAGGGCACCCUCUGCAGGUGGCGUCUCCAUCGAGCGACCCUCCCACAACUCCUGGGUCGUUCCUCACAGUCCUGUGCUUCUACGUUCAUUCGCUUGCCAUUUGAAUGUUGAACUCUGCGUGUCACGCGUUGGCGGAAUCAAGUACCUCUUCAAGUAUGUGUGCAAGGGACAAGACCGAGUGACCAUGGAAAUCACUGCCGAGAACGAGCGCUACGACGAGAUCUCCAACUUCCAAGAUGCCAGAUACGUUUCGGCAUCGGAGGCCGCAUGGAGGUUAUUCUCCUUUGACAUUGUAGACCGCAAUCCUCCAGUAGUCAGGCUUGCAGUGCAUCUGCCCAACCACCACACGGUUUACUUUGAGGAAGGGCGAGAGCAGGAGGCGGCGCUUCGACCAGCAACAGGCACGAAGCUGACCGAGUGGUUUAAAGCCAACGAGAAGUACCCAAGCGCGCGGCAUAUUCGGUACCACAAGUUUCCAAAGUACUUUACGUGGAAGACACGCACCAAGUCAUGGACCUACGAUUUCAGUGGUACAGGUGCCAACGUAGUCGGUCGAAUCUACACUGUCAGUCCGAGGGAGGGUGAGCGCUACUUUCUUCGCCUCCUCCUCACACAAGUGCCAGGGGCAACAUCCUUCGAGAACUUGCGAAAUAUCGACGGCGAGCAGUGCACCAGCUUCCGACAAGCUUGCUUACGACUCGGUUUACUGGCCGACGAUGCCGAGUGGAAGCACGCAAUCCGAGAUUCAUUCCGGUCAAGCUUCGUUCCUCUUUCUCAUCUGUUUGCUACGAUUCUGGCACACUGCCAGCCUUCGGACCCUCUCUCGCUGUGGAACGACCACCUGGACAUGUUUCUCACCGAUAUUCGCAAUCGUGCACGCAGACAACCCAUUCGAAGACAGCAGCUUCGCGAUGAUCACCACGCCACAUCUUACGUACUUCGAGAGGUACAGGAGGCUCUGCAGACCCACGAGCGCGGCAGUGGGAAGGGCGACUACAGACGUCACUUCCUUCGUACGCGCCGUAAGCAGGUCAUCGCUGUCGCUACGUCUGCUGUUGCUGCUGUGCUGCUCGACGGUGGACGCACCGCUCAUUCCGUGUUCAAGAUUCCCAUUCCUGUAUCUGCCGAAAGCACGUGCAGCUUCUACGCAAACUCCGACACAGGCCGUACACUGCAACAAGUCGAUCUCAUCAUAUGGGACGAGAUCGUCAUGUGCCAUCGACAUUGCAUUGAGACUGUCGAUCGCUCCCUUCGAGACUUGAUGCAAACCGACCGGCCCUUCGGAGGAAAGUUCCUCGUGCUCGCUGGAGACUUUAGACAAAUCCUUCCCGUCGUUCCGGGCGGGUCCAGAGGUCAAAUCGUGAGUGCGUGCGUCAAGGCUUCCCCGCUGUAUCGAGAGUGCCGAUUCCUGCGCCUUACCGAGAACAUGCGCCUUGCUGCUCUCCGAGCCGACCCUGCAGCAGAUGUGGAGGCUCUCAACUUUCCAGAAUUCCUCCUCAGCGUCGGGGAAGGCAGACUUCAAGGCGAACAGCGCCCGGAAUGGAUCUCACUACCACAGUCCGUUGCGUUCGAGCACACCAUCCGCAGUUUAUGCCUCAACGUCUUCCAAGGCAUUCGAGACAAUCACGCCGACCCUGCCUGGCUCACCAAGCGCGUUAUACUCACCACAAAGAACAGGCCGCUCGAGGAAGUCAACGAGGUCAUCGGCAACAUGAUUCCGGGAUCGUAUCGAACGUAUUUGAGCGCAGACAAGGUCGAGAACGAAGACACCAACGCGCUGAUCUAUCCCACAGAAAUGCUCAACACCUUGACCGCCGGAUCUGCUCUACCAGACCACAAGCUCAAGCUCAAGAAAGGCUUCAUCGUCAUGCUUCUGCGCAAUCUCGAUCCCGCUACCGGUCACGUCAACGGCGCGCGAUAUGUCAUCGAGAACAUGACCAACAACCUGCUCUUUCUACGCGUUACCACCGGUUCACACCAAGGCAACAGAUUGUGUCUUCCUCGAAUGCCAUGCAGACCAGGAGACGACAACUUUCCCAUCCCUGGCUUCACCCGAACGCAGUUCCCCAUUCGCACGUGCUUCGCCCUUACAACGAACAAAGCGCAAGGCCAAUCCUUCGGUCGCCGCAUUGGUCUCGACUUACGAGAUCACUGCUUCUCGCACGGUCAACUCUAUGUCGCACUAUCAAGGACUACUCACCCAGGCAACGUCACUGUCCUCACUCGAGAGUCCAAUGAAACCACGCGAAACGUAGUGUACCCCGAGGUCCUUCAGUAG